UGAGGACAAACCAGGGUCACCAACAUGGCGGCGCCCAGAGGAUGAAGUGCCGGGUGUUGUGUCCUGCAGCAUGCCGUCUGAUGUGAUCCGCACUGUACGCGGCUCCAACCACUAAUGUCCACAGGGAGAUCAGACUGUGUGUUCUAUCAUCAGUUUCUCAUACUAUUUGCAUAAACACGGUGAGGAUGUUACGGAGCCUUCACCGCCUGUUCUCCGCGCACCCCAUGGUGCUGAACCGCGGCCUGUAUCGGGGGAUAUGUUCCCUGGAAAGCCCCUUUAUGCAGAAGAGAUCCUACGCUCCACCUACUGAAAGAAAGAAGUUUUAUGAAAGCGUCAGCAUCUCCCAAGGAGAAGGUGGAUACGAGAUUAUUCUGGAUCGUAGGAAGUUAAAGACCCCCCAGGGAAAGAUUUUUACUGUCCCAAGUGAACCCUUAGCAAUAGCUGUGGCCACUGAGUGGGAUUCCCAGCGGGACACCAUCAAAUUCUUCACAAUGCACCUGACGACCCUAUGUAACACGGCCCUGGAUAACCCCACACAGAGGAAUAAGGAGCAUCUGAUAAGAUCCUCUUUGAAGUUCCUGGAUACAGACACCAUUGGUUGCAGAGUAGAGGAGCCACCAAGCCUAGUAGAGCUCCAGACAAAUGAAUGGGAUCCCAUCCUGACCUGGGCAGAAGACAGGUACAAUGUAUUGAUCGGAUCGUCCACCAGUCUCAUGGGUCCAGCUAUUCCAGAUCAGACCAAAGAAGUGUUUCAUCGCCAUCUGGCCUCCUACAACUCCUGGUCACUAAUAGGCAUCGAAUUUAUGGUUACUCAGCUGAAAUCCUUCAUAAUCGCCAUGGGACUAGUAGACAGAUUCUUGACCGUGCAAAAGGCUGUGCUGCUGUCCCGCCUGGAGGAGGAGUAUCAGAUCCGGUACUGGGGUAACGUGGAGUGGGCUCAUGACUAUGACCUGCAGGAGUUACAGGCCCGCACGGCCGCAGGAACCUUGUUUGUUCAUCUCUGUUCUUCAAGCUCCACUAUCAAACACAAGCUCCUGCAGGACUGACCCCUGACACCUUCACCCCCACAGACGACCAUGACACUUCUCAUUGGAAUCGGGAUUCAACCAGCCAUUAGGAUUCAUUGAUGAUUCAACAUUGUGUGUGCACCUCCAAUGCAAAGCAGUGUAUCUAUACAGCAGUGGUCUCCAAACUGUGGACCUCCAGCUGUUGCAACACUACAACGCUCAGCAUGCCCGGACAGCCAACAGCUGUCCGGGCAUGCUGGCAGUUGUAGUGUUUCAACAGCUGGAGGUCCACACUUUGGAGAACAAUGCUGUACAGAUAACUAUUUCUAUGUAGUCAACUGUUCCCGAAAUUUGUCUUUCAGUCCAUUUCUGUGCCCGUUAAGAAUAGUUACAUAGGUCUGCAUAGGAGCUGUAUACUCACUAUAGUGAGUAUAAUAAAAAAUA